AUGGCUUUAAAUAUUGCACGUUUUUUUAUUGCAAGUCGUAGUAAUGUUUUUAGAAUAAUGUCGACACGAACACAAGCUACUGCAACUGCUCCGGCUCCAACUGCAGGAUCAACAGCUGAUAUGGUUUUCACAUUUGCUUCACCGUCGGAAGUUUUCUAUAAUCAAGCAAAAAAUGUCCGACAAGUUGAUAUCCCAACUAUGAGUGGAAAUAUGGGUAUUCUUGCUCAUCAUGUGCCCAUUCUUGGUGUACUCAAACCAGGUGUUGUAUCUGUCUUCGAAGCAGAUGGUAAUACAAAACGUUUUUUCGUAAGCAGUGGUUCAAUAGCUGUACAUCCAGAUUCAAGUGUACAAUUAUUAGCUGAAGAAGCUACACUUGUUGACAAUCUUGAUACCAAAGCAUGUCAAGAUGCUUUGUCUGAUGCACAACGUCGAUUAGGCUCUGCUAAAGAUGAUAAACAAAAAGCGGAAUUUCAAAUUGAAAUAGAUUGUGCUGAAGCAGCUGUGAAAGCAUCUUCUGGCGCUUUUCAAUAA